GGGAGGGGGAGGACGAUAUUUAUCCUUUAUGUGGGAAUGCGUCAGGGGCCGGUAUGUGCAAGCCAGGAUACACAUGCAUACAAGGGUUUGGCAAGAACCCCAACUACGGGUAUACCAGUUUUGACACGUUCGGUUGGGCGUUCUUGUCAGCCUUCAGGCUCAUGACGCAGGACUACUGGGAAAAUCUUUACCAGCUGGUGUUGAGAUCAGCGGGACCAUGGCAUAUGUUGUUUUUUAUAGUUAUUAUCUUCUUGGGUUCAUUUUAUCUGGUGAACUUGAUCCUGGCCAUUGUCGCCAUGUCCUACGAUGAGCUCCAGAAGAAAGCUGAGGAGGAAGAGGCUGCGGAGGAGGAGGCGCUGAGAGAGGCGGAGGAAGCGGCGGCGAAUAAAGAAAACAAAAGGGCGGCGGCGGCGGCGGCGGCAGCAGCAGCGGCGGCGGGCGAGGUGGCCAGCGUUGCUAAGUCGCCGUCGGACAUGUCAUGUGCGAGUUACGAACUGUUUGUCGGCCAGGAGAAGGGCAACGCGGAUGACAACAACAAGGAGAAGAUGAGCAUUCGUUCCGACUCUAUCAGCCAAGGCAGGCCCUCUACUGGCCAGAAAGUCCGGAAAGUCAGCGCGGUGGCCUUGAGAAAAACAGCAACUAAAAGCCAGUUUCAUUUUGCUUACCAGGACAGCCAAGCAGAGGCCAGCCUCAGCCUACCCGGGUCACCGUUCAACCCACGCCGAGGAUCUCGCGGCUCCCACCAGUUCACGCUGAGGAACGGGAGGACGAGAUUCAUCGGCGCGCCGCCCGGCGGUGACCGGAAACCUCUUGUACUGUCUACGUACUUAGACGCACAGGAGCAUUUGCCUUACGCGGACGAUUCCAACGCGGUAACACCGAUGUCGGAGGAGAACGGGGCAAUCGUCGUGCCCAUGUACUACGCCAAUCUGGGCAGCCGUCACUCGUCGUACACAUCGCAUGCGUCGCGCAUAAGCUACACGUCGCACGCGGACCUGCUGUCCGGUCCUAGGCCGCCCACCAAGGAGUCGAGGCUACGGUCUCGCAGCAGCCGCAACAGUACCAGCACUGUCACCCACCAGCCCUUCCCGGACAAACACUACCGUGACUUUGAUACUUCGGUGGAUUUAGAGGACGGAAUGUCGAAAAGCAAACACCAAGACAAUCCUUUCAUUGACCAGCCAACGCAACAACAGACUGUAGUAGACAUGAAAGACGUAAUGGUUCUGAACGACAUCAUAGAGCAAGCAGCGGGACGACAUAGCAGAGCGAGCGGAGAACAUGGAGAAGAGGACGAGGACGGGCCGACCAUGAAGGAGAAGCUGCUGGCCGGCUGUCUGCGCGGCAUCGACAUCUUCUGCGUCUGGGACUGUUGCUGGCUCUGGCUCAAGUUCCAGGAGUAUGUGGCGCUCAUCGUGUUCGACCCGUUCGUCGAGCUCUUCAUCACACUCUGCAUCGUCAUCAACACACUUUUCAUGGCUCUUGACCACCACGACAUGAACCCUAAGAUGGAGAAAGCGCUCAAGAGUGGAAACUAUUUCUUCAGUGCGACUUUCGCAAUUGAAGCAGCCAUGAAACUGAUAGCAAUGAGUCCGAAAUACUACUUCCAAGAAGGCUGGAACAUCUUUGAUUUCAUCAUUGUGGCGCUGUCAUUGCUUGAGCUGAUGUUGGAAGGAGUGCAGGGUCUGUCAGUGUUGCGAUCGUUCAGAUUGCUGAGAGUGUUCAAGCUGGCAAAGUCGUGGCCUACGCUCAACUUGCUCAUCUCUAUCAUGGGUCGAACGGUGGGAGCCUUGGGUAACCUGACCUUUGUGCUGUGCAUCAUCAUCUUCAUCUUUGCCGUCAUGGGCAUGCAACUCUUCGGCAAGAACUAUGUAGAUCACGUAGACCGGUUUCCAGGAGGGGAGUUGCCCAGAUGGAACUUCACAGACUUCAUGCAUUCCUUCAUGAUUGUGUUCCGAGUGCUGUGCGGAGAGUGGAUAGAGUCGAUGUGGGACUGCAUGUAUGUGGGGGACGUGUCCUGUAUACCCUUCUUCCUGGCCACAGUCGUCAUCGGAAACUUGGUGGUGUUGAAUCUUUUCUUGGCGCUGUUGCUGUCGAACUUCGGUUCGUCAUCGCUCUCGGCGCCUGCUGCUGACAACGAGACCAAUAAGAUCGCGGAAGCGUUUGACCGCAUCGGGCGGUUCAGUGCGUGGGUAAAACGCAGCCUUCUCAACAUGGCCAAGAUCGUGCGCGCCAAGCUGACCAAUCAGAUCUCUGACCAGACCACAGUUGGUGGCGGCCGCGGCGACCUUGACCUGGACCUCACCACCGAUGAGAUCCUCGCGGACGGAAUGGUCUACAGGGAUAAGAAGGAUCAGCUGGAAGUAGCCAUUGGGGACGGCAUGGAGUUUACUAUACAUGGAGACCUGAAGCCCAAGUUGUACAAGGGGAAGAACCAUAUCGGCAACUCAAUCGGAAACCACCAGGACAACCGGUUAGACGCGGACUACAUCCGACACCGCCUUGAUGAGGACAAUAUCAGCAAUAAGUCGUACGGGAGCCACAAACAUCGGCCUUUCAAGGAUGAGAGUCACAAGGGCAGUUUGGAGAGCAUAGACGACCAGGAGGAGAAGAAAGACUCGAGCAAGGAGGAUCUAGAACACGAACCAGACGUGGAAGAGGAGGAGGUGGCGAUGGACGCUGGAACAGAGGAUGUCUCGGAUUAUCCUGCCGACUGCUGCCCAGACGACUGCUACCGGAGGUUUCCCUUCCUGGCAGGUGAUGAUGACGCACCUUUCUGGCAGGGCUGGGCGAAUUUGAGGCUCAAAACCUUCCAGCUCAUUGAGAACAAAUACUUUGAGACUGCUGUCAUCACUAUGAUCCUGCUCAGUAGUCUUGCUCUGGCUUUGGAAGAUGUGAACCUGCCGUCUCGCCCGAUCCUACAGGACAUUCUUUACUACAUGGACAGGAUAUUCACGGUCAUCUUUUUCCUGGAGAUGUUGAUCAAAUGGUUGGCGUUGGGUUUUGCCAAGUACUUCACCAACGCCUGGUGCUGGCUGGACUUUGUCAUCGUCAUGGUGUCCCUCAUAAACUUCGUCGCCUCUCUAUUGGGGGCUGGCGGUAUUCAAGCUUUCAAAACAAUGCGAACGUUGCGAGCCCUUCGACCGCUAAGGGCCAUGUCCCGGAUGCAAGGGAUGCGGGUGGUGGUCAAUGCUCUGGUGCAGGCCAUUCCUUCCAUCUUCAACGUGCUGCUCGUCUGUCUCAUCUUCUGGUUGAUCUUCGCCAUCAUGGGAGUGCAACUGUUCGCUGGGAAAUACUACAAGUGUGUGGACGCCAACGGCACAACGCUGAGCCACGAGAUCAUCCCUGACAAGAACGUCUGCAUUGCGGAGAACUACACGUGGGAGAACUCUCCGAUGAACUUCGAUCACGUCGGAAAGGCCUAUCUUUGUCUCUUUCAGGUUGCCACCUUCAAGGGUUGGAUCCAGAUCAUGAACGACGCCAUUGACUCCAGAGAGUUGGGAAAACAACCGAUUCGAGAGACCAACAUUUACAUGUAUUUGUACUUCGUCUUCUUCAUCAUAUUCGGCUCGUUCUUCACGCUCAACCUAUUUAUAGGAGUGAUCAUUGACAACUUCAACGAGCAAAAGAAAAAGGCAGGAGGGAGCUUGGAGAUGUUCAUGACUGAGGAUCAAAAGAAGUACUACAACGCCAUGAAAAAAAUGGGCUCGAAGAAACCGCUCAAGGCCAUACCUAGACCUAGGUGGCGACCUCAAGCGAUCGUCUUCGAGAUUGUGACCGACAAGAAGUUCGACAUGAUCAUCAUGUUGUUCAUCGGACUGAACAUGUUGACCAUGACCAUGGACCACUACCAGCAGACACAGAUCUUCACCAACGUGCUCGACAUUCUCAACGCCAUCUUCAUCGUCAUUUUCAGCAGCGAGUGUAUCCUCAAGAUAUUUGCCUUACGGUACUACUACUUCAAGGAGCCCUGGAACCUCUUUGAUUUCGUGGUGGUCAUCCUGUCCAUUUUAGGUUUGAUUUUGAGCGAUCUGAUAGAGAAGUACUUUGUUUCUCCGACGCUACUGAGAGUGGUGCGAGUGGCAAAAGUCGGGCGUGUGCUGCGAUUGGUCAAGGGUGCCAAGGGUAUCCGCACACUGCUUUUUGCACUGGCCAUGUCACUUCCUGCGCUGUUCAACAUCUGUCUGCUGCUCUUCCUCGUCAUGUUCAUUUUUGCCAUUUUCGGCAUGUCAUUCUUCAUGAACGUCAAGGAGAAGAGUGGACUCGACGACGUUUACAAUUUCAAAACGUUCCCCAAGUCCAUGAUUCUUCUUUUUCAGAUGUCCACCUCAGCGGGCUGGGAUGGAGUUCUGGACGGUAUCAUCAAUGAAGAGGACUGUGAGCAACCCAAUCCGGAGAUGGGAUCCCCGGGAGACUGUGGCUCGUCAACGGUCGGUAUCGCCUUCUUACUCUCGUACCUGGUGAUCAGCUUUCUGAUUGUGAUCAACAUGUACAUCGCCGUGAUCUUGGAGAACUACUCACAGGCAACGGAGGAUGUGCAAGAGGGUCUCACCGACGAUGACUACGACAUGUACUACGAGAUCUGGCAGCAAUUCGACCCGGACGGCACACAGUACAUUCGCUACGACCAGCUGUCCGAGUUCCUGGACGUGCUGGAGCCACCGUUGCAGAUACACAAGCCCAACAAGUACAAGAUCGUCUCUAUGGACAUUCCUAUAUGCAAGGGCGACCUCAUGUUCUGUGUGGACAUUCUGGACGCGCUGACCAAGGAUUUCUUUGCCCGUAAGGGAAAUCCUAUCGAGGAGACGGGCGAGCUCGCCGAGGUGGCGCCCGGGCGGCCUGACGAGGUCGGCUACGAGCCGGUAUCGUCCACGCUGUGGCGGCAACGCGAGGAGUACUGUGCCCGGCUGAUACAGAACGCGUGGAGGAAGCACAAGCAACAGCGGCAGGGCGGCGCUGACAGUCCCAACUCCAACGACGCGCGUGAGACCGCCGUGCUAGUCGAGAGUGAUGGGUUCGUCACCAAGAACGGACACAGAGUCGUGAUCCACUCUCGGUCCCCCUCCACCACGUCCAGGCUGGCCGAUGUCUGAGGCCGGCCACGUCCCCCAUCCUUGGUGAACGAUGCGGACUUUAACGAACAAGAUGCCGAUUAAAUUACCUGUUCACCGGCAACUUAAUGCUGUUCAAAACCCACCCGUUCGAUUAGUCGCCCUGAGUGUGCAUGACACCUCCUGAAGCUUUAAAUCAUACACACGAUCUUAAUCCAGUACUUUUAAGAAAUUACAUAACUUUGCUGAAAAACUAAUCAUAGAAAAUUUCUCUAACAAGAUACUAAGUAAUUCUGAAAAAAUUAGUAUAUUCUUCCUUAUUACUAUUAUGAAAUCGAUAGAAUUUGCUCAAUUUCUAUUUGAACAGAACAGUUUCAUGUAACUGCCCCUUAUUUCAUACUUUAUCAAUUAUUAUUUAACCAAAAAAAUAUUUUCCCAUCAAUUUUUUGAAAACUGUGACAUGUAUUAUGAUGUGUUGAUUGCAAUUUCUCCUUGAAAACACAUGUUAUUGGAAGAACACCGGUAAGAUAUUAUUAUCAGUCAUGGUUUUCUCUAGAAUCAAUCUCAACAUGUCAUAAAAAAUAACGAUUAUACCAAAUUUUAAAGUUUGCAUUACAAGCUCAGCAAAUGUUUUUUAUGCGUUUAAUUGAAAUUAAUAUUUUAAGCCAUAUUGCAUUUAUUUAAUUAAAAUUAAUUUGAUUCAAUUCUUAAUUAGCUUUUGAAAAGUUAAAGUGGAUGCACUGCACACCCAAUCCUCACCCUAGAAACGAGUUGCCGGAGUAUUCCUAACAUAUCCCCCACAAAAAGCAAUAAUCAGUGCUCACUUGAAACUGAGAGCAAACCAAUUGUCGUAGUAAUCUCUAUCUCCCGAUUUCCGUCCGUGUCAGCAAUAGCUGCGCUUCAAGCAUCUCCUGGUCAUCCAGACACUUGCUUCCUUGAGUGUCAGGUUAACCUUCGCUCUGUAAAUAAUCAGUUGUGUAAUUUACACCGCCAUCUUGUUCGAUAAACUCAUUUGGCAGUUUUACAAUUUAAGGGCUGUACACUACUAUAAUGUACAUUUUCCGCAGUUUUUUAUUACAAUUUUAGCGGCUUUUUAAGAAAGUACAGAUUUUAUAUUGAAUGAAAAUUUUAAAAUAUGUUACUUACGUCAAAAGUUAGUUACGAUGGAUUUAAAAAUUAUAUUGUUAGAGUAUGAAAAUUUUUAACAAGGUAUUAAACAAAGAAUCGUACUUGUAUGAUAUAUUUUUACACACUCAAAUUAUGCUGCAUUUGUCUGAUGUUGUGUGCAAAUGCUUUUAUAAUGUUGUUUUGUCAAGUGCUAGUUGUGUAAAUAUGAAUACUUCCUGACAGCCAACGACAAUAAGUAGGAAUCUAUUUACUAUCCAGUUUAAACUAAUUAAAGCGCUUUUACAAAACUUAUCGCUUUUACUAAAAUUAUAAGCAUGAUUUCAAAAAAUUAAAUUCCAGUCAUCUUCUUAUAAAAUUUUUAUCGCUUGUAAUAUGAUAUAAAAAUUGGACGAUGUAUCGUUAACGUAGUGUGAAUUAUUUAGUUUUAGAAUAGAACAUUUUAUUGUCUUUCAGAGGUGUAAGUAUAUGUACAGCUUGAUUUUGUACAGACAGUUUAUUGUGUUGGGUAAAUAAAUGAUAGACCAAGCUUGUUGUCAGUAGUAUGUAAUUAGAUUAUUUUUAGAGUUUAUUAGUUUUUCUGUUAUGUACAUGUUUUUAAUAAGAGAUUGUGAAACCGUUAAUAUAAAUUAAUGUGAUUAGAAAAUCAUACCUGGAACAGUUAGGUAUUAAAUUUGUAAUGGAGCAAGUAUGAAAGUUAGGGAUAUUAAUUACUAAAUCAGUUAAUUAAAAAAAAAAUAGAACCAAAUUAUAAUUAAAUUUAGGCACUUUUACUUGUAUAAUAUGUAAGCAAUUCAUUUUUAUAAACAAAUUGUACUGAACUGUGUGUAAUUUAUAACUGUAUGUUCUAACUAAAUUUUAAAUUUAAAUUACUUCUGCUUCCUACAAUUCACUUGUCUCAGAAUUGAUAGUAUUUUAUAUACUUUUAAGUACACUUUUUUCUCAAAAAUAAUUAAAUAUUUUUUUCUUAUUUUGAAAGGUUGUAACAAAGAGUACGAGUAUCAGCAUUUCAGGCUACCAAAGGAAUGAAAUGGUAUUUAGCUUUAUUUUUGAAUAAUAAUUUGCGUUUAAACAUCUACAUUAAUUACAUAAUAUGUAAACAUAUAUUUUGCUAUUCAAGCAGAAAUAGCACCCAAGAAAGUGAUGUAUUUGUGGAGAACACUGUUAAAACAAAACAACACUCUUUUACAAACUCAUGAAGGAUUCUAUUUUCAUCUAUAAUCACGCACACACGCCUUUGAUUUCGUUAAUGUUGUCUGUUUUGGUGAAAGGCUGUUGGCUGUUUGUACAAGGUGGAAUUUCUAAACGAAGAAGAAGCACCGUUUGAUGUUUUAAAGAAUCAACGUUUAAUAAGUUUGUAUCAUUUGUGACAAGUCCCUCAAGCCAUGGAAGUAUUCAUAUUGCAAUGCUCAGUUCUUAUUAGGAUAUAACUGUUAGUUGAUAAUCUUAUACUAGCUACAACAGGUGGCGGGGACACUCCCAUCCAAAACGGCAGCCUCGAUACAAAUUCAGUUUACUUAAGCCGGUCAGUGUAUCGUUCUGCACAUUUUGAAAUUAAUAAUGUUUUGUAUUGAAAAUAAAUGUGUAAAAUAACACUGGCGGCAUCCGAAUAAUUUAGUGAGUUAUAUAUUUAUAAAAAAGUUUAAGAUACUGCGAUUUUUUAAAUAUUUUUCUACUUUAAAAAGCUGAAUAUGUGGAAAAGUGCUAAUGUUUUUUUUGUUAUUAAUUUGUUUCAAAUAAAGGCAGCGGGGUUCAUCAAAAUGUCUUCCCUGUUUUGACGAUCACACUGCCUUGUCAUUCGUCCAGUGUUGUAAUGUCGUGAAUGCAGUGAGCGCCACCGUACGGGGGAGAGUGUCCCCGCCACUCGAGUGUGGCGCAGUGCAGCCUUUGUUCCUAAGUGUGGUCUGCCAAGCCGCGCUGUCGACGGACGGUUCACCAAACAAGGAUGGGAGCGACGUGCCGUACACAAGCUUAUCACACAUCCACUCAUGGACUCCGACGCCACGAGUGAAAGACUUGAGACUUGACUCCAUCUCACCACUUUCCUUACUGUAUCCGCGUUGCACACGUAAAUAAAAGAUAAUUUAAAACAAGAAUAAUUUCAAGAACUCUUAGAAGUGAAUAGUGGAGUAUAGCUUAAGUCGGGUUAGUUGUCACAAUUGGUUUUAUAAACUUGCAGCAACGACGCAGUUUGUUUGGCGUGUAGGGGCCCGCGCGCACUUCCCUGCCGGCCCCGCGCGCACGCAACCAUUGCCUUGUAAUCAUGUUACGUUUUGCGUUUGCAAUAUUUUGUUUGCCAAUUGAAAUAAAAAAGUUUAAAAGGUUUGGUAAUAAAAA